AUGCAUAGUUUCACCGUGCCUGGCAAUACGAUGUGCUUGAAUGGCAGGUUAAUAGCAGCCGUCUUACUACUGCAGGCGUUAACGCUUGCCAGAUGUCUGCAGCUGACGGAUAUCACCGUGCCGGAAGUGGUGGAUGUACGCGAGACGGUAACGCUUUCCUGCAGCUACGACAUGGGUAUGCACAAGCUCAACUCCGUCAAAUGGUACAAAGACGAGCGGGAAUUCUUCAGAUACUCGCCGAUGAUGCCCAAGAGUCUGAUGUUUUUCGACGUGGACGGUGUGACGCUGCUGGAGAAUUCGACGGUACAGAUCUGCAAUCAGUUUAUGUGCAGCAUUCAACUAUACAAGCUCACCAUUCGCUCGAGCGGCUCGUACCGGUGCGAAAUAUCUGGCGAUGCGCCAGAGUUCAAGCUGGCGCACGGCGUCGGUAAUAUGACGGUGGCCGUCUACCCACAGUUCGAACCCAUCAUCAAUGGGCUGCAGCAUAAUGGGGCACAACAUAACUACGCGCUCGGUGAUUUCGUUGUAGCGAACUGUUCGUCCGAUAUGUCCAGCCCGCCGGCCCGGCUUUACUGGUACAUCAACGACCGCAACGUACCGUCGGAAUACCUCCAACCGCAGCACGAAACGACGGCGGAGAACGAUGGCUUUGUGUUGCGAUCUCGCACGCUCGAAAUUCGCUUCUACAUCGAUGAGAAGCGGCUCGGUAAGCUAAAGGACAAGCUGGUGCUGAAAUGUUUGGCACGGAUCGACUCCAUCCCGCAGGCAACGCGCGAGUCAACGCAGAUCAUCCACAUCCCGACAACGGACGCGCUGCGCAACCAAAAGCUGAUCAAUUGGCGCGGUUCCGAUGCUUCAUCACUGCAUCACACAGACAUAUGCCAGAUGUUUGUCGUGCUCUGCAUUGCACUAGGCUUCUUCACGUGGCUCGUAUAAUUAUACACCGCGCACAUCGUUUGCUUGAGACAGCCACCAGCAAAAGUACGUAAAGCCGUGUAGAGUUUAAGCAGCCACGUGUUGAACUUUGUGCAAGCCAAACUAAAAGGUAUCCGCCCAAAACAAAAGGAUGAACGCCAACGUAUUGGACCGGCCAGGCGGAUAUUGGGGAUAUCAGUAGACAUUUUAAUUUGUUUGUAGUAGAAUGCGAUUCAACACACCACAGACACAAAUCAAAAUGUAAUUUCUACUACCGUUAGUACGUUUAUCUCAGUUGUUGAGUGAGUCGUUGAGUUACGAUGAGUUACGCGCCCAGGUUUACAUUUGUGCACAUUAAGAGUGGAAAAGUUAUAUCACAUUUCAAAUGCGUGGAAAAUGUUACGUCAUACGAUUGAUAAAAAAGAUUAAGAAAAUGCGAAAAAAAAGAAAAACCCCCGGCUGCUCACCCGGAUGGAAAAGCAGAGACAACAAGAGAAGAUACGGUGGCCGUUACACUAUGCAGUGUACUAAAUUGCUCCAUUCGUGCAGCUGUCGAGCGGAAAAUGUAAAUAUUUAAUCACUACUGCUGAAACCAUAUAGGGAUGGUAGGAUCGAAUGUUGUUCCUGUUAAGGUCUAGUCGCUGAAGGGGUUCUUGCAAAGCAGAGCAUGCUUCAUAACACGUCGGCGAGAUACCAGUACCUCCGAUCGGGGCAAAACGUGCUCGGAAGGGGAGUGAUUGGAAAUUCUAGUGCACGCGCAUACGAAGCGUCCAGCUUUGCCCAUUCAUUUAAACAAACAGCGCAAAGGUUACAAUACGCGACAUGGUGCAUUAUAGUUGAGACAAAAAAAGAACGAUUAACAAAGCAUGAAAACAAAAAUAGGAAUGAAAACGCUCAAAAGAAGAGAAAAAAAAACAACAAUCUAAACAUGAGUGCAACAGCCGGUUAAAAGCGAAGGAAAAUGUAACUACCUGGAUAAAAGAGAUGAGAAAAAUUGCCUUUUUUGCCGUACUUAUUCCAGCGCGUGCAGCAAACAAAUGCUGGAGCAGGCGAACGAAAGGGUAGCGAAAUGAUCAAAUAUAUGAACUGGUGUUAGAUAGUUUCAUAGAAAUUUUUCUACAAUUUAGUUAAUGACAAAUGUUGAUGCUUACGUUUAGCGAACGUGUUUGGUUAGUGCGCGCGUGAGUGCUGUGGUACUAAACAAUUGAAAAAAAAACUACUGUUUAUUUCUAACCCCAAAAAGAAGAGAAGCUAAAACAAUUCCAAUAUGGUGGAUUAGAUCAGUUUUCAUCGGCUUCGGAGUGUUAACAAUUCUUCAAUCUUUACUUGUCGGUAGCAUGGGAAUUGUGAACUUCACUGCGAUGUUGGGAAAGUGUUUUGAAGUGACAGAGUUUCGUGAAGGUUUUGCGUGGACUUUAUCAAAUAGGAUGUUUUUGUUAAAAAAAAACCUGCCAAAAUACGCCAGCUCCAAUGAACAAAGAGCCUAUGAACUAUGCUCACCCUCUUUCUGUGUUGGUCUGGUUUUGGAGUAGAUAGAUUUCAGCUCGAUGGAGUUCCUUUUGUCCAGCGGCGGUGGUAAAAGUGACACUAAAUGAUCUAUUGCUUUCGAGCCCGAGGUGUGUAUUAGAGUAAGUUGCAUUUCAUUCCAACGGGUUCCUUCCAAUGAUCUGCCCGCAAUAGAGCGAAAAGGAUGCAAACAGCCAAUGCGGACGAACCGGAACAAACAAUACACACGGCGCAAUGAUUCGGUACCAAUACACCGUGGAGUUACCGGCGAAGAUGAAGCAAACAAUACGUUCGACUCUCUCGCCUGCCCAGCAUACUCGUGAAUGUUUAUUAACAAAAACAAAAAAAAAAAGAAAAAGAUUGACCAACCGAGCACAGUGUGAACACCGGAGUGAAGGUACGGUGACGGAUAUUUCGGAGCAAAACAGCACGAAAUGUCACCGGCAGAGCAUUUCUGACGGUUCAACUAGUCCGACAGCUGUCAACGUGUCAUCGUUCGUGCCCGAGGGACGCAAGAGCGCAAAUGGAGCGUCAUAUCAGAGUGCGACCGUCAGCUUAAAAUGAGUUUGAGGCUCCGUUAAAGCGCUCCGGUACCAGCGCUGGAUGGCUAGCGUACCAGCACCCCGUCCGGCUUGCCUUCCACAAAUGCAUGCACCUUGAAAAUAACGAUAUUCGAGCGUCAAACCCAAUCUUUUGAUAAGUGAAACCAAAAUACCGGGCUCCGGCCAGUCAUAGGCGAGUUACUCUGCAGCGCGCUGCUCUGCAGACGUGAAACUGUUCCGUUUCUCCCGGUUUUCGGUAAUACUUUUUGUCAUCCCUCCUUCCUCCACGGUCAUCUUCUUCGUGCGACGGUUUUGUGAUGUGCUGUCGAGAUGGUAACAAGUUUUAUUCACGCAAAACCACAUAAGGGCACGUGAAACUAUGAGAUGCUGUUGCACCGAGAUGCAACACAUACUUGGCGUGCUUGGCAUUUUGGCACAUGCGAGACCGAGAGCCUUUAAGACGGUCGUACUGCUGCACCGCUGACAGCAGUUCAAAGAGUAGCGUUAUGAAUAUUAAACUGCACAUGGCACACUGCUUGCUUUCAAGGAUUCGCACGUGCCCGCGUAUAACCGUCCUCAGCAGCAGUUGUUUAUGUCAUAAUUUAGCGAUUUUGGGGUCAGCAGGUGCCGGUAAAAGUGCAACAAAAAAGGGCGAUUCUUGAAGCACCGGGUUUGAGGAGGAGUACGGCUUUGAUUUGGAAAUUUCACUCUAGCUAUCAUGUGCAAUAACCCAAUAGCUUUUACAUCAUCCACCACUUGCAAGGCAUGAAUGCAGGACCGCACUAAGCAAACACGUUCGCGGGAUACGUCACUACCGACGGAUUUAACUGCAGACGAAUGAGUUAGACAGGGGUUCAGAAAGAGAAUAUGAGGCCUUAUAAUUUGUAUAUUUAGUACGACAGACUCUGUAACGCACGGAGCGUGUCUGGAGCAUGCUGGGAGACAGGCUUGCAGAAAUCAAAUAGCAAACGCGCCCUGUAUAGCAAAACGGAUGACACACUCCACAACUCGCUGAUGCUGGUCCCAAAUGAUGCCGGCAGGAAUGGGGAAAGGACGAUGCUUUUUUAUACAAUUUCACGGCGAGGCCGUCGGCGAGGGCGUGUUUGCGGGAUCGCAUAGAAACAAGAGGUAUAUCAAUGUCUGUAAAUUUAUGUCCAACACCAGUGAUUGGUAUACUUUAGUACUAUCUUCCUAACAAUGCAAGGUGCGGGCUACUGGGCUAACAGAAAGGGAAAAGAAAACAAUACGCGUGACGUCAAACGAGUUCAGCUAAAUAAAUAUGGAGGAAAAAAAGGCAGGAGCUAAAUAUAAAUCUCGCGCAAGUAUUGAGUAACAGCAGUGGAAGCAGGAAAGAAAUAAGACAUCAACCGUUUGUGCAAAAUAAGUCAAAUUAACAUUUUUAUUGCUAAGUAUCUACCGCUGUUUGUAAUUGAAAACGCUACGAUUUAUAUGUGAGUGUAAUCAACACCCGAACCUGGAUGGGGGAGGCUCAUUUGGAGGAUGUUUUCUUAUACUAAUAAGCAAUGCUAAUUUAUCAAAUAAUUAAUCGAUGAGGUGGGCAAACAACAAAAGAAUAAAAAAAGGGUGCAGCAAAAGUAUCGCUAGCAAGCACAUAAUCGUUAAUAACUGAGAUAGCCAUUCGGAACGUGAAGAAAUACCAAAGGAAAAACACAAAUAACUAACAAACAAACCCGUAAAGUAAGACACGAAAUCAUGCGAAUGGAGCAGGUAGCUAUUUAGGAUUUUGUAAUAUAGUGUUGAAUAUCCUAUAAAAAACAACAACAAAAAAUACAAAAAAAGAACAUUCGAAGCAAAGCAGUAAAGUCCUCUCACAUGCAUACACACGCGUAGAUAAACUUAAAGAAUAGGAAAAAAUCGUACCAUAAGCAAGAGAAAAAAAAACACUCACACACAUACAAAAAAAAAACGCCACAAACAAACAAAAAAUGUAAACAAAACCAA